AGCAAUUAAUCAAAAUAAAAAUAAAAUAAAGAAACCAAAAUGUCCACCCACCAUCCUCAUCGCCCCCACUGUUAGUCAUCAACUACAGCAACUUGGAAUCUCUUCACCACUGUUUUGCUGUGAGUUUGACCGUUUUCUCCUCACCUUACCGUCGUCGGCCAACCCCACCGCCCGAAGGUUAUCAUCACAAAGCCACAAACCCAGCAAACAAAUUUUUUACAAGAAUUUUGAAGGUUGAAACAAUACAAACGAACUUUCUUGAAAUUCAAGGAGUUCCGGCGACGGCAAGGAAACCAUGGAAGAGGGACGAUGGUUGAUGGUAGUGGUAACAAUGAUAAUCUGUAAUAGGCGGCGAAGAGACAACAAUUUAGAAUGAAUGUAGAAAUAAUUUGUAAUGUUUUUUUCCAGAAAUUUGCAAUGGGUUGUUUUAAUUUUCUUUGUUGAAAAAAUUGGAAACGUGGACGCAUCGUAGCAAUUCAAUAAAUCAAGCGGUGGAAAACUAGUGAAAGUCAUUCUAACUUUCCCGCAUGGAAGUUAGAGAAUCCGGAUCCCUUGAUUUUGCGCUUUGCAGAUUAUGCAACUUUGAUUUUUAAGGCGGGGGUUUAGUUACCUCCUUCACUCUAUCUAUCUAUUCCGUUAAAAUGUCUUACACAAUCUUCAGAACCUUUCAAUUUCACCCUCUUCUACUAAAUCCAACCUCAAUUCUCAAACGAAGAAACGCGUUCUUCUAUUCCACAAUCACCAAAGCAACAGCACAAACCAAACUUCCAACAAGCACCCAAUCAAAAAAACUCGACAAAAUCCCAAAAGACUACGAAGCCGUCAUUGGCAUCGAAACUCACGUUCAGCUUUCAACACUCACCAAAGCCUUUUGCAACUGUCCUUACAGUUAUGGCUCGUUUCCUAACAGUACCAUUUGUCCGGUUUGUAUGGGUUUGCCCGGUGCUUUGCCUGUUUUGAACUCUAAGGUUAUUGAGUUUGCUGUUAAAUUGGGACUUGCUCUAAAUUGUAACUUGGCUUUUGAGUCUAAGUUUGAUAGGAAACAGUAUUUUUACCCUGAUCUUCCUAAAGGCUAUCAGAUUUCUCAGUUUGAUGUUCCGAUUGCGGGUUCGGGUUUUCUUGAUGUGGAUAUUCCUUUGGAGUUUGGUGGUGGGCAUAAGAGGUUUGGCAUUACUAGGGUUCAUAUGGAAGAGGAUGCCGGGAAGCUAAUGCAUACUGAAAAUGGAAAUUUCUCUCAGGUUGAUCUAAAUAGGGCAGGGGUACCUUUGCUAGAGAUAGUUUCUGAGCCUGACAUGAGAAAUGGUAUUGAAGCAUCAGAAUAUGCAGCAGAAUUACAGAGGUUGGUUAGGUAUUUGGGAGUGAGCAACGGCAAUAUGCAAGAAGGUUCUCUUCGUUGUGAUGUAAAUGUAUCAGUACGACCCAUUGGGCAGUCAAAAUUUGGGACAAAGGUUGAAGUAAAAAACUUGAACUCAUUUGCGUCAAUGAGCAGAGCUAUUGAUUUUGAAAUCUCAAGGCAGGUACUACUUCAUAGUCAAGGUCAAGAAGAUCAGAUAGUGCAGGAAACUCGACUCUGGGAAGAAGGUUCUCAGAGAACAAUUACAAUGAGAAAAAAGGAAGGGCUCGCUGAUUAUCGAUAUUUUCCAGAACCAGAUCUUCCAUCAGUAAUCCUUUCCCAAGAAUACGUGGAUGGUAUUCAAAAUUGUUUACCGGAGCUUCCUGAAGAAAAACGUAGAAGAUAUGAAAAGAUGGGAUUAGGCAUGCAAGAUGUUCUUUUCCUAGCUAAUGAUAAAAAUAUUGCAGAAUUUUUUGAUGCAACUCUUGCAAAGGGUGCUGAUGCAAAACUGGUUGCCAACUGGAUAAUGAGUGACAUUGCUGCCUUCAUGAAAAAUGAAAAGCUGACCAUAAAUGACAUAAAGCUUACACCUGAAGAGUUGUCCGAGUUGAUAGGUUCCAUUAAAGGUGGAAUCAUCAGUGGCAAGAUUGGGAAGGAGAUACUAUUUGAGCUGUUAGCCAAGGGUGGAAGUGUCAAGGAAAUCAUAGAAAAAAAGGAUUUGGUUCAGAUAGCAGAUCCUGUCGAAAUUGAAAAAAUGGUGGACAAAGUGAUUGCAGAGAAUCCAAAACAGGUAGAGCAAUAUCGAGGAGGCAAAACUAAACUUCAAGGUUUUUUUGCGGGCCAGGUAAUGAAGGUAUCUAAAGGCAAGGCAAAUCCAGGUUUAGUUAACAAGAUUAUCUUGGAGAAAUUGAAUUCAAAAAGCUGAUGUGAAUAGAUUUCCAUAUGCACGUCUUCAAUCUGAAGUGUUAGUGCUACUUAGUUGAUCAUUUGCGUAACAUGCGAGUGUUGAUCACUGAUAAAAUGUCACCUUGCACCAGACAAAUUGGAAAUGAAAUAUAAAAUUGGAAGGUUCUUGUUUUGCUGAUUCUUGAUAUAGAUUUUUGUUCAUUUUUGAGUUGCAAAGGGCUGAAGUAAUUGCAUUUCAGCUAUUGAUAUUUCUCUGUUACAUGAUUUGUGAUAGGGAUUAAUGUGAUCCAUUGGUUGUGAUUUGUCAAAAAUUUAAACAACUCAUAGUUGUAGACUUGUAGUAUCUUCAAUACAAUGGUGAUACAUGCAAACCUCUUCCUUUAUUGAUUAA